UGUAAUGCUGGUUUACAAACCGCCAUGCCCAGCAACAAUUAAAAAAUAGUAUUAACGUUAGUUUCCAGGAGUUGGAUGUGUGAUAUUCUUGUUUCAUUUUCUUAAAUGUUUGGGAUUUUAUCGCAGUUCGGAUGUCUAUUUUAAUCCGCGAGAAGCAGUGAAUAUGUGCAGGCACGACGAUGCCUGAAGUAUUUACUGCAGCUGGUAACUAGACUGUCCAAAUGAAGGGCUGCAUUUAAAAUUUGUCGCUGUCAGCGCUACAAACUCUGGCCAGACAGGUGAAGGGAAUCAGCUGUGUAGAUUGUCAUACCUUGACAAUUUUCCUUUGUGCCAAUGAACCCAAAGGGAGAACUACACCAAAGACAACAAUGAAAGGUGGAUCUCAGAAAACAAGAAAAAGGGACCCUAAAAAGACACCAAAAAAGAGAGUGACCUCAGACACUGUUUCACCUGAAGUCAACGGGGAAUCAAAUGCUGUGCCGAGCAGUGAUGUUGGCAUUUUCAGCCAGUCCCCUGCAAUUCCUUUACCAAGUACUCCAAAAAGAGCAAGGGGAAGAAUGAGACAGACACGAAAAACCUGUCUAACCUCCACACCAGUCCGCAGCUCUUCCACUGACAUACAGCCCAACAUCGCAGAUUCCCCUCCCAGAGCAAAACAAAUGGAGCUAGAGUACACUGAAGUCAUCACUCAGUUAAAGACCUCAGAGUUAGAUUCACCAUGCUUCAAAACCAAAUCUCGAAGCACAAGAAGGAAGGCUAAUGUUUACCAGUCGAGACAAGUUAGAAAAAGAGUGACAAAGGAAGAAACGGAGACCGGCAGUAAAAUCAACAGUCCCCCAGCCAAGCGCCGGCGAGCCAGGACGCGAAAGGUUGAGAAUGGGGACUCACAAAGAGAUACCACUGCUAAGUCAUCUGAACGCCCUAGACCAAGAUUUGAACUGGAGAAGCCAGAUGUAGCAGAGCAAGACGAGUCUUUGCUUUCUUCAGAUCUAUCAAUAGAACUGAGUGACCAUGAGGAACAGCUGCCAUCUUUGUUCCCCGAUGAAGAUGAGGGGAGUGGUGGCAGUCAUGAUGAUGAUGAGGAGGAGGACCUUCCAAGUUUCUUGAUGCAAGUGAACAAAAAGCCCCCGUCCAUUACAAAAGGAGCAUUUGUGUGGUCCAAAUAUAGAAAUUAUCCAUUCUGGCCUGCAUUGGUAAAAAGUGUAAACUGUAAGCAGAAAAAAGCCAGCAUCGUGUUCAUUGAUGAACCAAUGAUUCACAAAAAAGGGUUCACCGUGGCUCUGAGAAGCCUAAAGCCUUUUGAGUGUGCAGAUAUGAGUGAGCUGGUGUGUAAAGCCAAAGAAAGCUAUGAUGCUGCAAUAACGUGGUCCUUGGAGCUCAUAUCAGACUACACAAUACGGAAAGCCUCAUUUUCUGGCUCCUUCAUUGAAUACUUUGAUCAUGACAUGAGCUAUCCAGUCAGGAGGAAGUACCCGCAGGCAGCCUCAGAGAGACUUACCAUUGUCAGUGAUUCGAUGUUGGAGUCUCCAUGUGCGGAUGAGAAGGAGGACAGCUUUAGUAAGCAGCAUGAGGAGGUCAGCAGGAAGUCAAAGAGGCUGCUGCCAGACCGGAGUCAUGCCGCCCACAACCGUGCUAAUGAGAAGCUUGUACAUUUCAUUGUAAAGCAGCGCAUGGUGGAAGAACACCUUCUGGCAGUGAUGCGUGGGCAGCAGCAGUCCAGAUGGCUUCGUUCCUUUCUAAGUGCCAGUCGGAGACGGGUGGUGAACAUAUACCUGGAAGAUGACCAGCAGUUGGACCAGGUUUACUUGUACCUGAAUGGGCUCUACACAACGGCCAUGGCCACCAUCCCUUAUCUGGCUGAGAUGAACUCCAUGCAGCGUGUCCCCUUUGUCCUGGAUGUGCUUCUUCCUGAGGCCAUCAUCUAUGCCAUAGCAGGGGUGGACAAUGUCCCAGUGAAAAAGGCAGAAGAAAAGUACCUCAAAGGACGAUGUAUAAGCAACAGGGAGAGACAGCACUUUGACUUGAUGAUUGACCGGCAGAUGAAGAGAAAAUCACAGCGUCAACUUGCAUUAUUCUCUGACCCUGUCAGUUAGAAAAAUUAGUAAGGUACACCAGGGAACAAUUCUUUUUUAAUGAAUUUGUUUAGCAAAUGUUUGUUUAUUGGCAAUUUAUCAGUAUUUGUGUGCCUUACAAUCACUGUCAUAUGAUUCUUCAUGCUUUAAAAGUGUAAAUACAGGUUGAAAAACGUUCGAAAAGGUGUUCAAACGUCUACAGUAAUAAUGAUAACAAAUGUUGAACAAUCUUGUCAUCUUACUUUGAUAAGGGCAUAACUUUUUGUUGACAAGUCAUGUACUGCCAAUGUACUGCCAAAUUCAUCACAGAGCUAUUCUCGUACAUUCAAUAAAU